AUUCAAAAAACAAAAAAACAAAAAUAAAAUUGUAAAUUUCCAAUCAUAAGUUGGAGUUGAAAUUUUAAAUCAAAUCAACCAUGUCUAUAACAAUAAAUUUGCCAAGCCAUUAAAAUAGAAACUUUUCUUUUUUAUUUUUAAAAGGAAAUAGUUAACAUAUUUUUUGAUUACGAGUAGUAGUUAAUUGUCAUAAAAUUACCCUACAUAAAUUUUUGGAUAGCGUAAUAACACCACCCUAAAAAAAAAAAAAAAGAAGAAAAAGAAAAAAGAAAAACCACCGUUGUUAUUACGCCAUUUUUUUGAGUUUGAAAUACCCAAAUCUGAAAGUACUGCAAUUCUUUCAAUUUCAACUUGAUAUUAACGCAGUUAUCCAACCUUCCUCGCGCCCAUAUAUAUAUUCAUCUUCUUCCCCUCUUUCUCUCUCUUCACCGCCGACUACUUUUCUCUCGAACCCUAUCUCUCUUCACGCAAUCUAAUCUCUCUCUAGAUUUUUCUCGAAGCUUCUUUGGUUUGCUCAUCAAUGGCGAAAAGGAAGCUUGCUCAGAGAAAAGGUGCUGCUUCUAAAAAGGCUAAAAUUGCCGAAGAAGAGAAGAAGCAUGAAGAUGCCGAAAUUGCGGUGUUUCAGGAAGAUGAAGUUGUGAAUAAGCAGAAAGAAGAGCCGAAAAAAGUUGUGCGAAAACCUAGGAAGCGUACUAAGCCUGAUGUUGAACCUGAGUACUUUGAAGAUCAGCGUAAUUUGGAAGAUCUGUGGAAAGAAGUAUUCCCUGUUGGUACAGAGUGGGAUCAAAUGCACUUGGUUUACCAGUAUAACUGGAACUUUACAAAUUUGGAGAAUGCAUUUGAAGAGGGAGGAGUGCUGCAUGGAAAGAGAGUCUAUCUCUUUGGUUGCACUGAACCUCAAAUGGUUCCUCUCGAUAAUGAGAUGAAAAUAACUCAGGUUCCUGUUGUGGUAGCGAUUGUGUCGCAAUUUCCCCCUUCGGAUAAGAUCGGCAUCAACUCAGUUCAAAGGGAGGCUGAAGAAAUUGUUCCCAUGAAGCGCAUGAAGAUGGACUGGGUACCAUAUGUUCCAUUAGCGAAUAGGGAUAUUAUGGCAGAAAGGUUGAAAUCUGAGAUCUUUAUCUUGAGAUGCACUCAGAGAAAGUCUGCGUUAAGGCAUUUGAAGGAAGAUCGUGUCAAGGCAUAUGAGUAUUGUUUACCUUAUAUCUACCAGCCCAUGAAAGAAGACGAGCUUGAACAGAAUACUGUUGUCACAUGUUUAUUUGAUAUGGAUCUAAAGCCGGUAAUGAUUGAAUUUGAUUGGGAAUUUGAUGAAGUCGAGGAAUACACUGAUAAACUUGUAGAAGAAGAGGAACUUCCUUCAGAGGAAAAGGAUAGAUUCAAGGACUUUCUUAGAGAGAAAGUACGGGAAGCUAAAAAGGAAAAUCGGGAGGCUAGGGAAGCUCGUAGGAAAGCAUUGGAGGAGAUGAGUGAGGAAACAAAAGCUGCAUUUGAAAAUAUGAGAUUCUACAAAUUCUAUCCUGUGGCUACACCAGAUACUCCUGAUGUAUCAGGUGUGAAGGCUAAUUUCAUUAAUAGGUACUACGGGAAGGCUCAUCAAAUCUUCUGAUGGAUGUCAAUUUGGCAGAGUGUUGCUCAUGAAGAAACUGCAGCGUCUCUGACAAUAUUUUCUGCAUUUUUUGGAGUGCCAUUGCUAUGGCUAUUAGUUUUAAGGUUGGGAGAUUAGAAACUCCCUGGGGUACAACUAUGGUUGCUCAUUCAGCCCCAAACAUUCACACAGCGGAAGGCAUUGUCAGACUUGAUAGUAGGUGAUAAGUAGCAGUUAGUUAGCGGAUUUAAUUGUACUAUACAUGGCGACAUGCUGAGAAAUCUUUUUGUCUACUAAAGAUCUUGAAUAUUUGGAAAUGUAGCAAGCCUUUCAAAUCAUAGUUUAUACAUAUCUGUAUUGCCAGACGUCAAUUUUCAGAUUGCACUCUUGAAUGAUACAGCGGCUUACAACCCAUA